AUGACACAGCAGUAUGGCUCGACAUCAAGUUUAUCUCCACCACCGCUUGUAGAUGCUCAGAACGGCAACGAUAUUAUGCGGACAAAGAUUCUACUUCUCGGCAUGCGGCGGAGCGGUAAAACAUCGAUCCAGGAAGUCCUUUUCCAAGAUAAGCUGCCAAAGAACGCGUUUUAUAUCGAGCGGACCACCCGUGUCUCCAAGCACACCUACGACACGAUCAUACCUCUUGAGAUAUGGGACUGCCCGGGUGAUAUAUCGUUGGAGACUCUCGAUGCGCCUUUAUCGCAAUUCGCUACCUUGAUAUUUGUGAUCGACAUACAAGACUUGUUGCAGCCGCCGAUUAAUAAACUCGUAAAUGUCGUAAUUACAGCAUAUCAGGAGAAUCCACACAUCAAUCUGGAAGUGUUCGUACAUAAAGCAGAUGCACUAUCUGAGGAAUACCGGAUGGAGAACUUCCGCUAUGUGCAACAGCGGAUACUUGACGAGUUGACUGAUAUCUCCAUCGAAUACGACCAAAUUCCAAUCAAUUUCCAGCUCACAUCUAUUCAUGACCACUCCCUCCAUGAUGCUUUCUCCCGUCUACUUCAGAAAUCGAUCGAGUCUUUACCAUAUCUUGAAGAUUUACUGAACGUCUUUUGCGCGAAUUCUCAAUCCUCUAAGGCAUUUCUGUUCGACAUCAGAUCAAGAUUAUACGUCGCAACCGACGCAUCCCCUGUUGACCCACCCACCCACAACCUCUGCAGUGACUACCUUCUGAUGUUAAAUGCUUUUGGGCCUCUGUACAAUCCCCAACGCCACCAACCCCCUAUAUGUCCGCGGUCUGAGCCAGUCUCCCGCUCGUCUGCACCCUCAACUCCUACUUCUCUGUUACCUACAUCUCAGCGCUCGCAUGCAACAACUCCUGCGCCCAAAUCGCCAUUAUCCCGUUCUUCUCGUAAUUCUUCUAAUCAAGGAUCUCAAUCCCAGUCUCAAUCAGCAUCCGUAGCCUCUGAUUCAAGAGGUUCUUCCCGUGCUCCUUCGCACCUCUCGAAGGCCCUGUUCUAUCCCAGCGCUUCAGUCGCACUUGCUCCUUCUGCAACUAGUGCUGGUGUGGGCACGACUAUCGCGUAUCAUCUUAUCACGUCACAGCUUGCGUUGCUAGCUCUCAUCCCAACAGCCGUUUUUGAUGCUCGCAGAGGCUUGGUCGAAUACAAUGUCGUCUUCUUCCGAGAGGGUGUACAGGAGAUUUGUGAAGUCGAAGAGGACGUUCGGGGUGGCGGAGGUUGA